CGAUAUGCGUCUCCUAUGGCAAAAAUGGGAUCAAAAUGACAAUCCGUCUUCUCGCCUUUCUGGUCACAAGCAACUAGCUCAUCGCAUGUGCAUUUAUGGUGAAGGGUAUCGUUCUGGAGAUUGGAGCUCGUGCUUGUCACAUGUUGUCUCUAUAAUUUUGCAUAACAAUCGCCUUUCAUUUGGCCUCGAAUCCCAACUUUUUCACAGCUUAAAGUUUCUAAAAGUGUUAGAUAUGGAGUUCACUAGAAUCAGUUCUUUCUCAUUUGAUCUAGUCUGCCUCAGGUAUUUUGCUGCAGAAACGUCUCACUUUUCAAACGAAGCCGGUUGUCAGGAACUUGAAACUCUGAAAUUAAAAUCUCUUAAUGGGAUGUCACUACCCAUUACACUCUGGGAGAUGGAUAAAUUGAGACAUGUGCAUAUUUCCAAUUGCAGCUUCAUCAGUGAAAUUGCAAAAGAAUUGAUCGAGAACUCGAAAGACCUUCAUGAUCUGAAAACUCUUUCCUCUCCAUGUUUUUCUUGUGCUCAGGAAGUGGAAUUGAUUUUGAGAAAAACACCUAAUCUUCGGGAACUGAGAUGCAAAGUCAAAGGUGUUGACAACUUUCAGUACUAUGUAUUGAACUUUCCAGCACGGAUUGAAACGCUGAAGAUUCAUCUUAUCUACACACCUGACAUUAUAACAAUGCCCUUCUGCAUCUCCGUGCCAAAUCUCAAAAACUUGACACUGAAGAACUUUUACCUACAUUGUCAGCAUUUAUCAGAAAUUGGUUCACUUCAGAACCUUCAAGUGCUCAAACUGAAAGGUAUUUCCUUUGAAACUUGUAAGUGGGAAGUACGCGAUGGCGAGUUCCCUCAGCUCAGAGCCUUGAAAUUACAUGCUGGACAAGCUCACUUUGAAGAAUGGACUGUUGCGGAGGAUUCCUUUGCUAACCUUGAACGCUUGGUUUUGAGUGAUUGUGUAUUUCUUAAGGAGAUUCCUUCUUGUUUCGGAGACAUCUCUUCUCUGAAGUCCAUUGAGGUAAGGAAUUGCAAUGAAAAUGUUGACAAGUCGGCGAGGGAUAUCAGGGAAACACAAGUUGAAGAUUAUCAGAAUUCCGAGUUCGAGAUCUUUAUCCAUCAGACAGAACUACAAUUCAUCAGGUACACAAAUCAUAAAAUUCAACUAUGAACAUUCAAAGUCUCAUUUCAAAACUCUGAAUUCAAUUCUUAUGUUUAUCGAACUUCCUUUUUAACGGUAAAAGUUUUUGAAACAGCACCAAGGUUUAAAAUACUAUUUAUGUGCACCUCGACUAAUUCUAAUGGUACCAGAUAACUCUGUCCAAGCCAAACCGAUGGAAAGAAAUCACCUAAUGACUUCAGGAUGAGACCUAUGAGGUCUCAUGUUCAAAAACGCUAGGUGAUGGUGGAUAGAGUUACCUAGUACUUAUGCUAAUGGAGAGUAGCAAGUACCUCCUGGAAUUAGUCGAAGUGCGUGUAAGCUUGCCCGAAUACAAUGUUAAUCUUACAAACAUUUACCAUACAACUGUCUUUCAAUUUAACUUGUUAUCUAGAGAGUGUUCCAGCUAGUGUUUUAGAUGGUUUUCGUCAUAUAUGUUUGAAAACAGUGUGUCGUAGAAGGUGGAAAGGACAUAUCUGAGUCAUUUGUGUAACGACAGGGAUACAAAUAGGCAUUUAUGAAGGCCUUUACAUGUUCUAUAAAAUCUCAUACCUGAUUUGAUAUGUUUUAUUUGAGCCGAGGGUCUAUCAAAAACAACCACUCUACCGUCACAAGGUAGGGGAAGGCUGCGUAUACUCCACCCUCCCAAGACCCCGCUUGUAGGAUUACAUUGGGUACGUUGUUGUUGUUG